AUGAACGCCACACCACGAAGCCCGUCAACCAAGAGCACGAAGAGCCAAAACAGCCUUCGUAACACUGGCUUUCCUGAACCUUUCAACGGAGACCGUAACACCACACUACCACACCCCGAUGCCAACCUCUCACCAAACGCCGUCAUCUCGCAGGAUGAUAUCGACUCCAGCAAAGUGAUGGCCAGGACACGCCGCUCAUUCCUCCAGAAGCACAAGCGAACCAUCAGCCACGGCGUUAUCACCCCGCAAAUGGCCGCCAUGUACCGCGAGAUGGGGGGCAGCGACGCCGACUCAACCGCCAUCCUCGAGCACGACAUCCACUCCAACACCAGUCAAACCAGCCUGCCCGCGGGCCGCAUCAGCAAGGACGGUGCCGAGAGCAUCUUGUCACACAGCGGCGAUCUGUCACCAGUGACGUCGGAGACGGGACGCAAGGGCAGUCUGUUUAGGAAGCUCGGCUGGCGGAAGUAG